AUAGGAAUUAUUUAAAACUUAUAAACUAAAGAUUCGUGACUUCAAUAUUCAGAUUUGAGAAUUGAGAGUGCAGAAUGGCCAAUGUGUAUCUUUUAAACCAAGACUGUACAAUGACAAAAUUACAGAAAUAAUACAGUGUCUUACCUUUGAGUAUAUUUUGUUUUGUGUAUAGGUAAAAGUAUUUAAAUAUGAGUAAUAUUUAUAUUCAAGAACCUCCAGCACUCGGAAAGGUGCUGUUAAAGACAACUGUUGGUGAUAUAGACAUAGAAUUAUGGACAAAAGAAACUCCAAAAGCAUGCAGGAAUUUCAUACAACUAUGUAUGGAAGGAUACUAUAAUGGUACAAUAUUUCACAGAGUGGUUCCUGAUUUCAUAGUUCAGGGCGGAGACCCUAAUGGUGACGGUACAGGGGGAGAGUCUAUCUAUGGUGAACCAUUUAAGGAUGAAUUCCAUUCUCGACUUCGCUUCAACAGGCGUGGGCUGGUGGCGAUGGCCAAUGCUGGCAAGAAUGACAAUGGAUCUCAGUUUUUCUUUACUUUAGCGGCCACACCCGAGUUACAGAAUAAGCAUACUAUAUUCGGCAAAGUAAUUGGUGACUCAAUAUACAAUGUGCUUAAACUGACAGAAGGUCUAAUAGGCCCAGAUGAAAGGCCAGAACAUGCACAUAAGAUAACUGGUGCUACAGUUCAAAUUAACCCUUUCACUGACAUUAUACCGCGGGUGACUGAGAAAAUAGUGGAUGAGCCAAAAAAGAAAAAAAAGAAGGAGAGACAGGGGGUCAAGAAUUUUGGCCUCCUAUCCUUCGGGGAGGAGGCAGAGGAAGAAGAAGGUGAGGCAAUGGAGUACCGUGGGAAGCCAAAGUCAACACAUGACUUACUAUCAGAUCCAAAGCUUAGUAGCAAAACGGCCGCCGAAUUAGAGUUGGAACAAGACAAAGAGAUGGAGCAACAAUCAAAACAAGAGAGUGACAAGAAAAAAGAAGAAACAGCGGUUGCGGUUUCUAGUAUACGUGAUAAGUUGAGUAAAAGAGAUAGAAGUCCAGAGGAAAAAGAUAGCAAAAAGAGGAAAGAAGAUAGUGAUACAGAGAAAAGAGAUAGUGAUAGUGACGGAGAGUACUACUUGGGGAAGGAAAGAGAUAUAGAGAGGAAAAAAAAGAGAGAUCAAAUCCGCAGCGAAAUAAAACAGCUUAGAAAGGAGAUGCGUGCUCCAAAAGAAGAAAAGCCGCAAGAAGUAGAGAAAGAGACGAAAGAGAAAACUAUUGAAAAUAACGAAAUAUAUCAGCAAUUUGUGCAAGAGCAGGACAAAUAUAAAAAAAUGAAGGAGACGGUACCGAAAAAGGGGGCUGCCAGAACCAGACGUUCGAAAUUAACACGAAAACCGAUGAGAAGGAAACCGUGGGUGAAGAAUUUAUAUGAAAAUCGAGAUUACCCAGAUAAUUACACCGACUCAAAAUUCUUGGAGCAUUUGAGAAAAAAUCUUUUUAUUGAAAAAGUGACUUUAUUACAAGCUGUAAAAGGCUCAUUUCGCGUUGUCCUCCGAUUGUGUAUAUGUGUGCUGUACGCUAUACUAUACACGUAUAUGUACAAUAAGUGGAUUCACACAUACACAGUGAUCUACGUGUCCGUUUUGAUUAUGAGUGCGUGCUACUGUUUAUAUGUGUGCGUGGAACGUGAUAUCUUAAUACAUUUUAAGGUUGUGUUGGUGUAUAUAGUUUUAGGUUAUAUUCUUUCGCCUAUUUUGCACACACUGACAGAUACGGUCAGCACAGAUACUAUUUACGCAUGGGCAGUUAUCAUGAUGCUGCUACAUCUGAUGUUUUUUGACUACGACGUCCCGGCGGCCUUUGUUUCAAAAUCGCUAUCGAUAAAUGCGGCGAUUUUUGCGUCUGUUUGUCUCGUUUCGAGAUUGAAUACACCAUUUGACGCGUUCGUUCUCUUAACUAUAUCUGUGAAAUUUUUCGUUUUGAGCCCUAGAUUUUUUAAAGUAUAUCUUCAUUCCAAAUUGUUUAUAAUUUUGUUUUUUAUUAUUUUGAUUUUGACUCUGGUUGCGUUAUAUAGCCUUUCGGGUAUUUUAAUGUGCUAUUUUAUGCUUUUUGUGUCCGUUUUGUGUGGUUAUUGUCCGUUUAUGUUUGUAAAAUGGCAGAAGUACAAAGAUAAUAAAUACGGACCGUGGGAUGAGGCUAUACUUAAUAGCUCUGAAGAAAUUGAUGAUGAUUGAAACAUAUAAAUACUUUUACAGUUAUAUUUUAAUUUCAAAGUCAAAUCAUUUAUUU